UUGGGGGGGGGAAAAGCGCUGCUCGGGGCUCGGCGUUGCGGGGCGACCCCCGGCGGACCCCCCCGCACCGCGACGCCUCCCGGGUCGGGCGGGUUCCGCCGGAAUUACGGGGGGGGGGGCUGGGGUCGGUAACGGGGGCGGCUCCCGGUGACAGCUCCGCGAACAAUGGCAGCCGCGGUGACAGCGGAGCUCUGCCCGGGGGGGGCACGGGGGGCUCCGGGCUCGGGGCCGCCUCAGCACCGGGGGGGGCGGCGCUCCGUCUGCGGCUGUUACCCCCCCCAGCCCCCCGGUCCGGGUCUCCCGGUGUUCCUCCGUCCCUACCGGUGGUUCCCCCCCCCCCCGGUGCCCCCCAGCUUCAUUUUCGCUCGUUGCCCCCCAUCAGCUCCCCUCUCCUCCUGCUCUCAGCCAGCCGGGCUGCGUCUGUCUGCUGCUCUGCCCGCUGUGCUGCUGGCUGGGGGGAUCCUGGAAAGGGGGGGACACCCAUGUGGGUGAUGGGGUGGAAGCGCUUUGUGGGGUGGGAUCGGGGGGUUUCUGUGCUCUGUGUGGCUGAGGAGCGUGGGGUCUGGGGGACGUUGGGGCUGCUGACAUCUGUGCUGGGGGGGCGGGGGGGGUUCAGCCGUAGCACGGAGCUCGCAGCCCCCAGGGGGUGGGGAUGGGGGGCAGCGUUUCGCAGCAGCGCAGGACGGGAUGCACCACGGAGGGACGCAAACCCCAAAUCCUCGAGGACGCUUCCAUCGGCGCUGUGGGACCGCAGCUGUCAGAAGUGCUGCUCUGCAUCUGCCCUCCACCCCCACGAGUGCAUCAUCUUCUGCCCCCCAGGAGCGCAGGCAGCCCCAGAAGGACCUCCCCCCGCCGACUGCAGGGCUUGUGGGGAAGCGCUGCCCUUCCGUCCCAUACCUGUCAGCUUUGCUGUUGGUGGUGACGGCGCGGGUUUUGAUGCUGCACAAAGAAGCCCCCAGGGACGGCCUUCACUGCUUCGAGCUCCAACUUCAUCGCUGGACCUCAGGAGCGGUGCUGCGUCUCCUCCAUCUGUGGCCCUGCGGGUGAAGUUGUGCCAAUGGAUGUAUCAGGAUAAGGGGCUGCUCCUGUGUGUUGGGCCAUGGCGUGGGGUCCUGAGCUGCUGCCCGCCACCCCUCCAGCGUUGGGUUCUCAUCCCGUGGAGUUUUCCUCUCUCCAUCCCGCGGAGCUCCGUCAGCCGCUCCGUUUCUGCAGCAGCGGCGCUUCGUCCGACGGAACGCAUGGAUCAAAAUAGGGAACCGAGAGCUGUUUGGUGAUGGAUAAAACACAACGCAGUGCUUUGCUCCCGGCUGCGGGGCUGCCCGGCCCUGUGGGACCGUGGAGAUGGACCUUGGUGUCGUUCCAACAUCACAGCCCUUCUUUUUUAUGGCUCCGCGCGCUCCUAUUCGUGGCAAAGGUGGAAAAAAAGCUCUCAUGUUGGAAAACAGAGCGAAUGGAAACAAUGCUUUGGGAAGAGAAACUGCAGGGACUGCUGUGGUGCUUCGUACCGCCCUCACCCCGUGUGAAGGCAGUGGGUCUGUCCUGGGGGGGGCUGGGGGGGCUGCGAGCUGCAGGGGUGGCAGCAUAGGGCUGGGAUGGGGGGCACGCGCUGACCCUGCUGUCCUCAGGAGCCCCCGUGUGCUCAGCACAGAGGACGUCUGGAUGGCUCCGUGCUCAGCCCCGGGGUUUGGUUAAACUGGGCUGCUGGGGGGGGCUUUGUUUCCCUGAGUGCAGCCCCUGGGGGGGGCAGCCCUUCUUUCAGUGCUGAGUGCUGCUCCAGUUUCAGCGCAGCGUCGCCGAGGUCUCUGCGUGGUGGCACGAAGCGCUGCGUGCGUGGAGGGGGCUCACAGAGGGCUGCAAAUUGGGGGAGGGGGUCUCGGCCCCAUUGCCCGCAGCUCAGAGGAGCUCAGGGCUGCGUGCCCACCGCUGCCAGGCUGGGCUGUGCUCCAGAGAGAGGACUUUCCCUGCACAGCUGGUACUCGGGCGAUUUCUGAGUGUGUGUGUAGCACAGCAAAGCCAUGGGAGUGGGCCAAUAAGAGCCACCUCAUAUACAGCGUGUUUGUUACCCCAGCUGGGUGGGUUUCCCUCUCAUUUUGGCACGGUGUCUGCAGACCGUUGGGCACAGUGCUGCGUUGCCAUUCGGUCCCAUUGCCCCAAACCCAGCUCUUCCCAUCAGCAGAAUGACACCAGAUGUCCCUGCUCCAUGCUUCCAGUGCUCGGUGUCCGGCUGUCCCUGGGAUGGGUGAUGGCUCUCUGCCCCCCCAGGGCCGGGUUUGUGUUCCUCUGGGGCUGAUGGUGAUGUGGGGCUGCGCUGUGGGAGCUCACAGAGCUCUGCCCCAGACGUGUUUUAUUUGGGGGGGGUUGGGGAGGUGGCUGAGCAGCUCCUGCAGGCAAACUCUGACUCUGCUCUGCUCUCUCUUUCAGCAACGCACCUUAAGGAUGGAUAUAGAAGACUGUAAUGGACGAUCCUACAUAUCUGGCAGCGGGGAUUCCUCUCUGGAGAAGGAGUUCAGCUCGGCCAUCGUGGGAGCUGCGGUGAGCACACCCAACAGCCAGCACUCCUCCCCGAGCCGCUCCCUCAGUGCCAGCUCCAUCAAGGUGGAGAUGUACAGCGAUGAGGAAGGCAGCCGGCUGCUGGCACAGGAGGACCGCAUGCUGGAGAAGGACGACAGCGUCAUCGUGGAGGAUUCCCUCUCAGAGCCACUGGGUUACUGCGAUGGGCCAGGCCAGGAGCCACAUUCCCCCGGUGGCAUCCGGUUGCCUAAUGGCAAACUGAAGUGUGAUGUGUGUGGCAUGGUGUGCAUCGGCCCCAACGUGCUGAUGGUGCACAAGCGCAGCCACACGGGAGAAAGGCCGUUCCACUGCAACCAGUGUGGGGCUUCCUUCACCCAGAAGGGAAACCUCCUUCGUCACAUCAAGCUGCACUCUGGAGAGAAACCCUUCAAGUGUCCCUUCUGCAAUUACGCCUGCCGUAGGAGGGAUGCCCUCACUGGACACCUGAGGACGCACUCUGUCUCUUCUCCCACCGUUGGCAAACCCUACAAGUGCAACUACUGCGGCCGCAGCUACAAGCAGCAGAGCACGCUGGAGGAGCACAAGGAGCGCUGCCACAGCUACCUGCAGAGUCUGAACACUGAGCCGCAGGCGCUGGCCGGCCAGCAAGGUGAUGAGAUGAGGGACCUGGAGAUCGUGCCGGACUCCCUGCUGCACCCCUCUGCCGACCGGCCGACGUUCAUCGACCGCCUGGCCAACAGCCUCACCAAGAGGAAGCGCUCCACACCUCAGAAAUUCGUGGGCGAGAAGCAGAUGCGGUUCGCGCUCUCCGACCUCCCCUUUGAGGUGAACGCCGGCUUCGAGAAGGACGUGGAGAUGGUGUCGGCCCACCACCCCCUGGACCCCUCCUACGGCAGCUCCCUGGCGCUGAUGGGGGGCGAACACCUUCGCCCGCUCCGCCUGCCCCCCACAAACUGCAUCUCGGAGGUGACCCCCGUCAUCAGCUCCGUCUACACCCAACUGCAGCCUCUGCCGGGCCGCCUGGAGCUGCCGGGGGGCCGCGACGCCGCCGAGGGCCACGAGGACACGGCGGACGGGGCGCAGGCGCUGUACCGCGGGCGGGAGGCGGGCGCGUCGCCCACCAACGGCUGCCACGACUCCACGGACACGGAGAGCAUCCACGAGGAGCGGACGGCUCAGCCUCCGCCGGGAAACGGCCCCGGCAGCCGCCAGAGCCCGGCGUACGCCAAAGAGGACCCGAAGGCGGCGGAGGGAGCGGCGCGUUCCACGGCGAGCGGCGGGCGGGAUGCGCUGCGCGUGGUGACCGAGGACGGGGAGCCGGUGCGAGCCUUCCGCUGCGAGCACUGCCGCAUCCUCUUCCUGGACCACGUCAUGUUCACCAUCCACAUGGGCUGCCACGGCUUCAGAGACCCUUUCGAGUGCAACAUCUGCGGCCAUCACAGCCAGGACCGGUACGAGUUCUCCUCGCACAUCGUGCGGGGUGAGCAUAAGGUCGGCUGAGCCCCAACUCCCCUUCUCCCCCCCCCCCCCCCCCCCCCCCCC